AUGAUUUAUUCUUUAUACAUUAUUAAUAAGGCAGGUGGUCUUGUUUAUCAAAAAGAUUUCACAAACAAUCUAGAAAAGUUAUCUAGUAAUGAAUACUUGGUGCUAGCUGGUACCUUUCAUGGUGUUCAUGCGAUUACUUCCAAAAUUUCACCUGUUCAUAAUUCAUCCGGUUUAGAAAUGUUAGAAACAGACAACUUUAAACUUUAUUGUUUCCAAACUUUAACAGGCACCAAGUUCUUACUAAUAACUGCACCACAAUUAAAUAAUGUUGAUUCAUACAUGAAGAAUAUUUAUGAUAUAUAUAGUGAUUUCGUUAUGAAGAAUCCUUUCCAUACUCCAGAAAUGCCCAUUCGUUCAGACCAAUUUGAUCAGUCUUUAUUAAAAUUCAUCAAUGCUUCAAGCGCAUCUUAA